AUGCGUUUAAUUAUUCGUGAAGAUUGUGAUGCAGUUUCUGAAUAUAUGGCAACAUAUAUCAAGAAUCGUAUAUUAGAAUUUAAUCCAACUCCUGAGAAACCUUUUGUUCUUGGUUUGCCAACUGGUUCUUCGCCAAUUGGUGUUUAUAAAAAUUUAGUAAAGUAUCAUAAAAAUGGUGAAUUAAGUUUUCAAAAUGUCGUUACUUUUAAUAUGGAUGAAUACGUUGGUUUGCCAAGAGAUCAUUCAGAAAGUUAUCAUUCUUUCAUGUGGCAUAAUCUUUUCAAACAUGUAGAUAUAAAUCCGAAAAAUGUUCAUAUACUCAAUGGUAAUGCCGAAGAUCUUGAAAAAGAAUGUACUGAUUUUGAAGUCUCUAUUAAAGCUGCUGGUGGCAUAGAACUAUUCUUGGGAGGUAUUGGACCUGAUGGUCAUAUAGCUUUUAAUGAGCCUGGAUCUUCGUUGAACUCAAGGACUCGUGUAAAAACUUUAGCGUAUGAUACAAUUUUAGCAAAUUCAAGAUUUUUUGAAAAUGAUAUCAGCAAAGUACCUAGAAUGGCAUUAACUGUUGGGGUUGGGACUGUUAUGGAUGCACGUGAAGUCGCAGUUAUUAUUACCGGAGCUCAUAAAGCUAUUGCAUUAGCCAAAUGUAUCGAAGAAGGUAUAAACCAUAUGUGGACUGUGUCAGCAAUUCAAAAUCAUCCCAAGGCUUUAAUUGUUUGUGAUGAAGAUGCAACACUUGAAUUGCAUGUAAAAACUGUAAAAUAUUUUAAGAGUAUUGAACACGUUAUUAAAAAUCUUAUUGGAGCUGAAAAUGUUGGUUUACAAGGUAACGUAAAAAAGUAUCCCACACCAGUAGUUACACCAACAAGAGAGGAAUUUUAUAAUUUGCCUUUUUGA